UCAGUGCUGGAUUUUAAUUCUCCAGGGAAACCUCACCGGUCGUCAAUUUUGACGGUUCGACUUAAAUUAUUAAAUGUGUUGAAAUGUUGGAGAAUCAUUCCCAAGUGUCAUGUCGAUUUAUUUAACGCUAAAUCCCACGAAUAGUGCAUUCUGAAGUCGGACGCCCUGUCUCGAUGUCCUUUACUGACGUGGAGUGACGUAGAAUAAUGACCACCAUGGUGAACCUACGUCAGGACAGUCGAGAGCUGGCAAAUUGGACUCAAGAAGCGAGGAAGGACAUAAGAAAUGUCAAAUCGACGGAUUUGAUUAAGAGACUUUCUCCUAUGCUCUCCGAGGGCCUCAUUGCCCACAAGGACAAGAAGAUCAGAAAGGCUUAUGUCUUAUUGACAAGGUACCUUUACAUAGUUGAUCAGCUCCAGAAGAGGAAUUUGGAUGUACAACUGAAGAGAGAACUCAAUGCUACAGCGAAGAUUAAUCAAGCAAAGGAACUGCAAGAAGCCAUAAUAAGAACCGUAAAUGCAAGCAUUCCAUCAUCGAACAACAUUCCCACAAACUCCCUGACAAAUUCCACCAACAACAAGAGUCUAAACAAAAACGAUUCAACCGACAACAACGAGGACGAUCCCCUAAACUUGCCUGAGAUCCCCGACGAUGACCCAGUAUCCGAGAAAGUCGUCGACGACUUCAUUCCAUGCACCGAACUAUUUCCCAUAAUUCAAGCAGGUAAACGCUACCUAAUCAUCGACAUUAGAUCCCUGGAGGAUUACCAGCGGUCCAGAAUCAAGACUGACAAGUGCAUCAACAUCCCCAGCUCUGAGAUAGUCUUUGGAAAAACUGCCAAGAAGUUUGAGCUUUACCUCCAGUCCACUAGUCCAAGUCAAGUAAAACUCUACAGUGAACGAAGUCAGAAGUUCGUGGACGUGAUAGUUCUGAUGGACUGGGAUACGACUCGACUGACGCUGAAACCCACCAGCCACGUCUCGAUAAUGAGGGAGAUCCUGACCAAGUGGGACCCAGGUGUGGCCCUCAGCAAGCACCUGAUCCUCCACGGUGGCUUCUCCGAGUGGCUGAACGUCUACCCAUCCUUCACGACGAAUCCUCGAGUGUUGAAGCCCAUUCCCAUGGACAACACUCUCGACGAAAUCCUGGAUGACAUCAGAUAUCCAGACUGGAUGACCCAGGAAGGCCCCAAAGCCGUAAUAAAUUAUGCAUCGAAGAACAACAACAACGACGUGUCGAGACGAGGAUCGGACAUUCCUGGGCUGCAUGCCAAAGUGAAUGACUCUGUUCUCAGCAAACGACUGCUCCAGUCAAACCAAUCAGCAACGAAAUACCCAUCGUACGAGGACGAGGACGUGGACAUGAAGCACCUCUCAGAGGAGAUUGACAGGCUCAACGUGGAGAAGGAGAAACCAUCGAGGCCUGUCAUCGACAGGAGCAGUAAGCCAGGAGCUCUCGCCCCCAAUCCCCAACUCGAACUGAUGUAUUCGUUACUCACGAAGAUUACUAGUGAUCUCAAGGACCAGGAGAAGCUGGAGAGACAGGCGUUGCAAUUGGAGUACGAUAUCUUAGCCAUGCUCACGAAGAGCAGUAAUGUGGACUCUGAUGAUGGUGAGGACUUGGAGUCGACGUAUGAGCAGAAGCAUACUGUACUGCAAACUAUUUCUGCCAUUCUCAAGAGUAAGGAGGAGAAGGAGGCUGAGUUGGCCAGGAUCAGUGAGAAUUUGGUGUGGAAUGGCGAAAAUAAACAGCAUAAUAAACAGCACACGUUGGAUAGUGGAUUGAGAAACAUGAAGAUGAGAUUGCAGGGACUUGUGAGACAGAGGAGAGAUGUACAACAGAAAAUAGAGGAAGCAGAAAAAAGAAGAGAGGAAGCACGUCUGAAGGGUUCCCCCAGGCACGACGAUACCCUGACAGUCUACAAAGAGCCCCUGAAAUCCGAAGGAUCAACGAAUAAUUCAGGAUUAAAACGAUCCCUAUCUAGUCCCAACCUCGCCAAGAUGGAAGAUAGAAAGGUGCCCAUAAUCGAUAGAUCCUCGAAGCCCCAUACUGUACGUAGGAGCCUGAGGGAAGCAAACAACAACAUAUCAGGAACAUCGUGGAAGGACUCCUUCAAACGAAUGGACCCCGUCUACCGUGAUGGCCAUCCUGGUAUUACCGGACUUAAAAACUUGGGCAACUCGUGUUACAUGAACAGCAUAAUUCAGUGCCUGAGUAACACAGCUUACUUAGCCAGAUAUUUUAUUGAUAAUGGAUACCAAGACGACUUGAACACAAACAGUGAUAAUGAGACUCGUGGCCAAAUUGCCGAGGAAUUCGCGCAAGUGAUCAAGGCACUGUGGCGAGGACAGUACAAGAGCAUUGCCCCGAGAGAUCUCAAGGACACGAUUGGACAAUUCAGGUUGCAAUUCGACAGCUGCGAACAGCAGGACUCCCACGAAUUUCUCACGUUUCUCCUCGAGUGGAUGCAUAACGACCUGAGGAAAGACGGAAAGAUGAGGAUAGAUGGGCCCCUGAGUGCUGCUGAGAAGGAGUGGGAGAAGGCACUCAAAGGACAAUACUCCAUCAUUUCUAGGCUCUUUAUGGGACAAUUGAGAUCAACAAUUUGUUGCACAACUUGUUCUGGGAAGAGCAUCACUUAUGAAACUUUCACCAGUCUGUCGAUAUCAUUGCCAGAGGCUAAUCGUUGCACUUUGGAUGAGUGCAUAAGGCAUUUCUUGAGUGGACAAAAAAUCUCAGGAUGGAACUGUCCCCACUGUAAAACAGCUCGUGAAGCAACAAAAAAAUUUGAUUUCGUUAAAUUAGCUCCAAUAAUGGUGAUUCACUUGAAUCGAUUUGCUGGUACAGAGGUUGGAUUGGAGAAGAAAAAUACUUCUGUUGUUUUUCCCCUAAUUGAUCUCAAUCUAAAGCAGUAUCUCGUCGUAGACCCCGACUCCAACACGUUAAAUCAUCCCCACAGCUACAGUUAUAAUCUCUAUGGGCUUUCGAAUCACUAUGGCACCAUGGGCGGGGGGCAUUACACUGCCUUCUGCAAAAGUUCAGCACUCAACAAAUGGUACAAGUAUGACGAUCACUCGGUAUCGGAAAUCAGCGAGCAGAACGUCAGAUCCCAAAAUUCUUACGCCUAUUUGCUUUUCUACACAUCACUCCCUUAUGAAUCCUACACGUACAUAGACGAGAGCUCGUAAUUUCAUUUCGAUGAAUUUUUAAUCUUUCACUCUCGAUGUCUCGAUUACAAUUUAUUAACGAUAUGAGUCAAUGCUUUGCAAGGCACUCAAAUAUGAGAUUGCACUUGUGUGUACACUGUAAAUAUGUAAAUAUUCAUUUUAAAGUAUCUAUUGAAAAUUAUAGUCAAUUGUUAAGCGAUAAAUCAUGAUUACUGAGGAAAAUUGUCUUUCGAGAAUUAUGCAAUUUAAUAAAAUGCUUUGUAUUAAUAAAUCGACGAUUAAUAUAUCACGAAUUGCAAGAUUUUUAUUGUAUCAGACCUGACAUUUAACGAAUAAGUCUUGAAACAACGGGUUUUGUUUUUAAUCCUGUUAAAAACAAAAAAUGUGGUUGUGAUAAGAAUAACGUCAGAUGCUAGAAUUCUUAUACCUAUCUGCUUUUCUACACAUCACUCCCUUGUGAAUCCUACACGUACAUAGACGAGAGCUCGUAAUUUCAUUUCGAUGAAUUUUUAAUCUUUCACUCUCGAUGUCUCGAUUACAAUUUAUUAACGAUAUGAGUCAAUGCUUUGCAAGGCACUCAAAUAUGAGAUUGCACUUGUGUGUACACUGUAAAUAUGUAAAUAUUCAUUUUAAAGUAUCUAUUGAAAAUUAUAGUCAAUUGUUAAGCGAUAAAUCAUGAUUACUGAGGAAAAUUGUCUUUCGAGAAUUAUGCAAUUUAAUAAAAUGCUUUGUAUUAAUAAAUCGACGAUUAAUAUAUCACGAA